AUGACACUGUUAGAUGCGCAUCUAGAGCAAAUCUCGCUAUGCGCCGCGUCAAUCGCAGAGUUGCCGUUCGCCCCGCCCAAGAUCUUCACCAAUGCCUUGCUUCAAAACCAUGAUAUCACGAGCUUGAUCAGAGACACUGAAAUCCACGAACGCGCUCUAUUCUCCGUCCCUCCGCCGCCCGCAGCCCCUAAGCAUGCCGAACCAGCUCCAUCUACCAAUAGGCGCAAUACCAUCUUCAAUCCCAAUGGAGGCGGCGGCACAAGCACAUCUGGAGGCGGUGCAAAUGCUGUAAGAGCACCCAGGCGUAACACGGCUGUGGCUGCGGUGCUCGGCAAUGAGCUGGUGGAGAGGAUUCGACGAGGCGGCGGAGGAGGAGCAGGCUCAGGCCUAGGCUACAGAAUGUACAAUGGCAGCAACAAGAACGAAGUUGACGUUGAGUCCCUGCUGGAAGGUGCCGAGAAAUUGCUCCGGGUCUACCCCAUACCAGGGAUCCACGACAGAAUCGCAGCCAUGCGCCAACGGCAUGCACAGGUCGCAGCCUCGGUAGAAUACUACGAAGCACGCCUCGCCGAACAACAAACUCAGCUUGGCAAACUGAACCGGUCGCGAGGAGACUACAUGGACGAGGAUGUUGACGAGGUCGAAGAGGAGCUGGAGCCUGUUGCGGCGCCUAUGACGGAAGAAGAUCUAAGGCGAGAAGAAGAGGAGACGCGCCAACUUGAGAAAAAGAAGAAGGAACUCGAAGAUCGUGUUACCUCCAUGUCGAGAGACAUAUCUGGUCUGCGAUGA